AUGGCAUGUGUGAUCCUAAUGGAGAAGGCCGCACUUCCUACCCUCAAGCAUCCUCACCCUUAUAGGCUCCAGUGGUUGAACAAUAGUUGCGAUAUGCGAGUCACAAAGCAAAUCAAGAUUCCAUUCCGCAUUGGACGAUAUGAGGAUGAAGUCCUAUGUGACAUAGUGUCCAUGCAAGCUACUCAUGUGCUAUUAGGGAGGCCAUGGCAAUAUGACAAGAGAACUAGUCAUGAUGGCUUCACCAAUAAGUACUCAUUCAUGCACGACAACAGGAAGGUUACACUUGUGCCUCUCACUCCCAAACAAGUGCAUGAGGACCAAAUCCGGUUACAACAAGAAAGCGAGGAGCAAAGGAGAGUGAAAGGAGCCGAGAAAAGUAAAGGGAAAAUGGCAAUGACUGACUCGACCCUUCAGAGGAAAAUCGAGAAGAAGCAAAGCAUGUUCGCUAAAGCUAGGGAAGUAAAACGAGCCUUACUCUCUCGCCAACCUUUGCUUAUGUUAGUCUGUAAAGAAGUUAUGCUCGUUGCUAAUAAUGCUACUAACUCGUUACAUCUUGGUGUGUUAUCAUUGUUGCAGGAGUUUGAGGAUGUAUUCCUCGAGGAAAUUCCGGACGGAUUACCUCCCAUCCAUGGAAUUGAACAUCAAAUAGACCUCGUUCCAGGUUCACCAUUGCCCAAUAAAGCUGCCUAUCGCAUGAGUCUCGAAGAAAUCAAGGAGCUUCAAAGGCAGGUACACGAACUACUCAAGAAAGGUUGGGCGCGUGAGAGCUUAAGUCCUUGUGCCGUACCCGCCAUCUUGGUGCCAAAGAAGGAUGGAAGCUCACGCAUGUGUGUGGAUUGCAGAGCCAUCAAUUCUAUAACGGUAAAGUAUCGUCAUCCUAUACCUAGGUUAGACAACAUGCUAGAUGAGCUAAAUGGAACUGUAAUCUUCACAAAAAUUGAUUUAAAAAAUGGAUAUCACCAAAUUCGAAUGAAAGAGGGUGAUGAUUGGAAAACGGCUUUUAAGACUACUUAUGGACUGUAUGAAUGGCUAGUCAUGCCCUUUGGUUUAUCUAAUGCCCCUUGCAUAUUCAUGAGGUUAAUGAAUCAUGUCUUACGUCCUUUUCUAGGAUUUGUUAUUAGUGUACAGGGAAUACAGGUGGAUGAGAGCAAGGUGAAAGCCAUCCAAGAAUGGCCUACACCAAGAACUGAUUAUGAGGAUGUUUUUCCAGAUGAUGUGCCGAGUGGAUUGCCACCCGUAAGGGGAAUUGAACACCAAACAGACCUCAUACCUGGAGCACUCCUACCUAACCGACCUGCAUAUAGAAGCAACCUCGAGGAGACCAAGGAGAUUCAAAGGCAAGUGGAAGAGCUUCUAGGCAAAUGA